CCAUCACCACCUUCGUUUGGCGUUAACCUUCUUCUCCUCCUCCCUCUCUCCAUUAAUCUUACUGAAUCUCUUCCUUCCAAAAAAUUGCAGACGACCGCCUCGCUUCCCCACACAUUCAUCGCCACUUUGCCCUCUCUCUCUAUCUCUAUCUCUAUCUCUUCUGCAUGAACUCUUGUCUCUCCACCGUAUACGCGCAUACAACGAGCGCGCACCGCCGUGCCUCUCGAAGUUUCCACACGCGCAUAGUCGUGCAUCUCGGCUGUACAUAGUUGCCUGCUCCAAUGGCGGUUAUGGACACGCUCGAGAGCACGGGCACAGUCCAGACCGUCGCCGCCUGCCCCAGCGUCGACACGGAUCCGAGCCCCCCUCUCCGCAGGAGGCGCCGCGACGCCGGCGGAGGGGCCGCCUCCUGUGCCGGAUCGGAGCCGAACGCCCCCGACGCUGACGGCAUGGCCAAGGAAUCGCGCGACGGCGACUCCGGGGCCAAAUCGGCUUGCUACGACGACGGGGAUCGUGCUGGCGGCGUCGACGGCCCGGCGGAAUCGGCGAAUUCCGCCAGCAACGGGAAGGAUUCGGACGACAAGGCUGGGAAAGGAGAAGGCCGAGGGCGGGAUUCGGUGGUGAAGUUCGCUUAUCGACCCUCGGCUCCAGCUCACCGGACAGUGAAAGAGAGUCCUCUUAGCUCUGAUAAUAUAUUCAAGCAGAGCCAUGCGGGUCUCUUCAACCUCUGCAUAGUGGUGCUUGUUGCAGUUAACGGCAGACUUAUCAUCGAGAACCUGAUGAAGUAUGGAUGGUUAAUUAAAUCAGGUUUCUGGUUUAGUUCCACAUCAUUAGGAGAUUGGCCGCUUCUCAUGUGUUGUCUUACUCUACCGAUUUUCCCCCUUUCUGCUUUUACCGUGGAAAAGUUGGCACAACAUAAGUAUCUUCCAGAGCCAGUUAUUGUCUGUCUCCACAUUAUUAUUACGACAGCCUCCCUCCUUUAUCCAGUUCUUGUGAUCCUCAGAUGUGAUUCCGCUGUUCUAUCAGGUGUCACACUGAUGCUUUUUGCCUGCAUUGUGUGGCUAAAAUCGGUAUCAUAUGCUCACACAAACUAUGACAUUCGGUCUCUUGCCAAAUCGGUGGAGAAGGGUGAUGCCGUUCCUAAUUCUUUGAAUUUGGAGUAUCCUUACGAUAUUAGCUUCAAGAAUUUGGUCUACUUCAUGGUUGCUCCUACAUUAUGUUACCAGCUCAGCUAUCCUCGCAGUCCAUGUGUUCGAAAGGCUUGGGUUGCUCGCCAAGUUGUCAAGUUAGUAAUAUUCACAGGAGUCAUAGGGAUUAUCAUUGAACAGUAUAUUAAUCCUAUAGUCCAGAACUCACAACACCCUCUGAAAGGAAACCUUUUAUAUGCCAUUGAGAGGGUUUUGAAGCUUUCUGUUCCGAAUCUAUAUGUGUGGCUCUGCAUGUUCUACUGUUUCUUCCACCUCUGGUUAAAUAUACUUGCAGAACUUCUUCAUUUUGGCGACCGCGAAUUCUAUAAAGACUGGUGGAAUGCAAAAACAGUGGAGGAGUACUGGAGAAUGUGGAAUAUGCCUGUUCACAAAUGGAUGGUUCGCCACAUAUAUUUUCCUUGCUUGAGAAAUGGGAUACCGAAGGGAGUUGCUGUUGUGAUUGCCUUUUUGGUGUCUGCCGUCUUCCAUGAGUUGUGCAUCGCAGUCCCUUGCCACAUAUUCAAGUUUUGGGCAUUUAUUGGCAUUAUGUUCCAGGUACCUCUGGUGCUGAUCACCAAUUACCUUCAAAAUAAGUACAACAACUCAAUGGUGGGGAAUAUGGUCUUCUGGUUCAUAUUCUGCAUUCUCGGCCAACCGAUGUGCCUCCUGUUGUACUAUCACGACUUGAUGAACCGCAAAGGGCAAAUCAAUUGAAAUUUACCAACUUCCUCUCACCAGAUAAUGGUGCUGGUCAGUCCCAAACUCCAAUUUUGGCUCCCCGUUGUAUCUUCACUCUGUAUGUAUUCAUCACAACAUGGGGGCGGUGGGAAGCAAGUUUUUAAGCAUCAUGGCUUGGUAGUAUAGUGAUGACUAGCGGCAGUCAGAAGUACCAAGCCGACUAUCGUGAUCACUAAUAAGCAAAGAAUCGUUGCCGAUUCAGUAUCACACUGUCUUGUGCCGGUUAUAGUGCUCCUCGCCUGUGUCCAGCAUUGUAAUGUUCUAGUGAGAUUUU